GCUGUCAACUGCCAAUAAAAAAAAGUCAAUAACUCUACUUUAUCAAGUUAUCCUAGAAAAUAAUUUCACUUCACAAAAACACUAAGAAACCUCCAAAUACAGAAAAACUAAGUCCAACCGCUUGCCCCAACCCGAUUUUCCCUUAUUGUUCAUAUUUAAUUAGUUUCCAAAAGACACUCCUUAAAUUUUGAAAGUUCCUUUUAUAGGUUAUAACUCCCACCUUGUGUGGCGGGUAAUUCAAAUUCCCAAUUCCAAAGUAUGUCCAAAAGGCAACUGUUACAACAACAACAACAACAACCCGCCCUGAACGACCUGAACCUCGAGGACCUCGUAGAUCGCGAGGAGGAUCCCGGUUUAUUCGAUCACCUCGAGCAAGAUUUCAAAGAUUUAUUAAGUAACAAACAGGUACUUCAAAACUCCGUUGAAAAAUUCCUCAAUAACUUGUUUGACGAAAUAACGUUAGGCUUAAUAUUUGAUUUGCAUAGAAAGUACAAAACUAGGGCCUACGGUCCCGUUACGGAAAACGGGGACGAUGACGACGAACAUAAGCAAAUCGUAUUUCCCACCCACAAUCCCGUCAAGAAUAAUCAAAAGUGUAUUUGUCCCAAUUGCGAGAAGAUUGUUGCUCCGUUGAGGUUCGCUAGGCAUUUGGCUCAAUGUAUGGGUGUGAGCGACACGAGUCGUCCCUCGAGACACGCCACCCGUAGGGCAGCAACCAAUAAAGACAAAGGAGACCCUUCGGCUUACGCGGGCGUACCGUCCGACGACGACGACGACGAGGACUGGAACUCACGCAGGAACAACAAGAAAAAAGACAAAAACGGAGGAAAAAAGAACCGAGGAACGCCAAAGAAAAACGCCGAACAAGAGGUCGUCGAUCCGAUUAAUGUGGAUGUCGAGGGUGGUUUUGAUGAGGUGCCAAAUCUACGUUACAUGAUCGAUCAGGACAGACGUUCUUAUUCGAGUGACCUUCACGAGGCAAGGUCGAGCAGCUCCUCCCCCGUGGAGGGGGUGGGAUGCUUGACUCCGCCCAAGAGGCGUGACAAAUCGAAGAAGAAGAAAAGGAAGGAGAGAGGCUCGCCUGGUACUUCUUUGUCCUUCGAUUAGGUACCCUAAUUUAAUAAUCAUUAAUAUCAUGGUUCGACUGUAAUUAACAUUGUACUAGAGUAAAAUGAUUCAUAUUGUUUGUUCCUAGCUGUAUAAGUGUAAUUCUUAUCGAUUUAUUCUUAAGCUUAUCAAAACCCUUUUUAUUGUCUUUAUAGAUCAUAUUUUAUUUUUUUAAAUUAGACUUAGCGAUCCAAUUAUACAUAAAAACAAUGUCUUUAUACAAUUUGUGUACUUAAACUUAUUAUACUAGAGGAAAUAUACUAUAUUCAUUAAUGAA